AAUUGUAGUAUUUACUUAUCAACCGUCGACGAAUCAUAAGGCAUAAUACGACACCAUACGGUCAUAGCCAAAUUAUACCAAACAAACAACGCAUUGAACAUGAAAUCAAAUAGUUGGAUACAACGGAUAUUAUCCAGUAAAAAUGACAAAAAUAACGCCAACGACCAAUUUAAAACUGUUGAAAGUGUGAAAUUACCAAGCAAUAAGAAUGGUACAGUUGAACCAAAGCGAAAAACUGCCGAAAUUUUCGAUAAAUUUUGUCUUCUAAUGUGGAAAAAUUGUUUAAUUCAAUAUCGUCACAAAACCCAAACGGCCGUUCUCAUUCUAAUCCCGAUAUUGUUCACUGCAAAUUUACCAUUCAUACGAAGCUUGAUACGGCCUGAAGUUAAUUUACAGAAAACAAACUUCAAUGCAUUCAACAUAAACAAAAUACCCAAAUUUGAUACGAAAAUUGACAAUCACCUAAUGAAUUUUUCAUUAGUAUAUUCACCCAAAAAUAUUGUAUUAGCAGAAUUGCUCGGAAUUGUGGCUAGAGAUCUUGGACUUAGUCCAUUCCAUGGUGUGGAUAGACCAGAACAAGUUGAGAAUAUAACAGCAAGGCAUGAGUUCUUGGCUGGCGUUGUAUUCGAUCAUGAUGCUAAUAUAACCAAACUGCCGAAGAAUCUUGUUUAUACCUUACGUUUUCCAAGUGAAUUGAGAAACGCAUUAGAUCCAUUGAUAUUUCAUUGGCAAACAAAUAUGCAAUAUCCAUUAUUUUCGGGUGGUGGUCCACGUAAAAAGUCAAGCGAUACAGGCGGUGCUCCAAAUUACUUUUCCGAAGGAUUUCUAUCAAUACAAAAUGCAAUCGCAAAUGCCUUUAUGACAUUGAGUAGCAAUGACAGUGCACAUACGUCGAACAUUCAGAUGCAACGAUUUCCGUACCCGCCAUACACAAAUGAUAUUCUUUUCGAUGGCUUGGAAGGAUCCGUUGGGCUAUUCAUAAUGUUAAGUUUUGUGUAUUCGAUAAUCAGCACCGUUCGAUUUAUCGCCGUGGAAAAGGAGAAACAAUUGAAAGAAAUUAUGAAAAUUAUGGGCAUGCCAGUUUGGUUACAUUGGACCAGUUGGUUUGUGCGCACAAUGACCUUCUUGCUAAUAUCUAACACUUUUUUAGUCGCACUGCUAAAGACGCAGAUUUGUGACUCUUCUUUUGCUGUUUUCACAAAUUCAAAUUCGUUUGCCAUUUGGAUUCUUCUGCUUGUGUAUAGCGUUGCAAUAACAACAUACUGUUUCAUGUUAAGUGUCCUAUUUUCGAAAGCAAAUACUGCUGCCACUGUAUCCGGACUGAUAUGGUUCGUUUCUUAUAUGCCAUUUGUGUUUCUCACAAUAAAUCAUGUGAAUGUACCGACGUUGGUGCAAUGGUUGGCUUGCGUUUCACCGAAUGUCGCAAUGUCAUAUGGAUUCAAAACAAUUGUUGAUUUCGAGAGAAAUGGCCAUGGAUUGCAAUGGUCGAAUUUUUGGAGCUAUCCAAUAACCGAGAAUAAUAUCGCAGUUGGAACAACCAUUUACUUUAUGUUGAUGACAUCAUUUGUACUUCUUUUGAUGGCACUUUAUAUCGAAAAAGUGUAUCCCGGUGAAUAUGGUGUACCAGAGAAAUGGAAUUUCUUUUGUAAUUGUGACUUUUGGUUUGGUAAUCACGAUUUAUUGAUCGAAAAUGAUUCAUUGCAUGACGAUGAAGUGAAUAAUGAUUUUGAAUCAGAUUCCACCAAGUGUAUGUCAGAGAAAUGGAACUGGGUUUUCAAGAAUGAUUCUUGGCACAAUAACAAUGAGAAAGAAUAUCCGAACUUUGAAGACGAACCAUUGAAUUGUGAGGCCGGU